UUAUUGAAGGGAAUGCCAGAUAUUUGGAAAACAUAGAAACAAAUCUUGCAAAGAAUACAGUUAAAAUUCACACCCCAGCACACAAUGAUGUUAUGGAAUCGUACCAAAUCCAAGAUUUCCGUCAGGGUCAGCAGUUGAAAUGUCUCCCUUCCUUUGAGCAAUGUAGACUGCGGGACAUAGACAGAGAAACUGCAGGAGAUGCUGGUCAAGUUAUAGAGGGAUUUAUUCACAGCUGGAACAAAGGAGAUAAUACCAUAAAUAAUGCAAACGAAGAAGUGGUGAAGGAAAUGUAUUAUGUUAAUUUGGAUAAAGUUAUUGAUGACGAAUCCCUGGUAGGGGCUUUAAAAGAGUUUUUUCAGGAUUUCAAAUACCCCGUGUAUAAGGAAAAGAAGAUACCACAGGAUGCUGAAGUAUUAAAUAUAACAGGUCAUGCAGGUGGUCGUGUUAAAAGGCAAAUUAUGGCGCUCCGUAAUCCUUGCGAUGGACGGCAGCUAAAACUAGUGUUUGGUAUUGAUUCAGGUAGAAGUUGCAAUCAUCUUAAAAUAUGCCAAUCAAAGGAAAGAAGAAAUGGGCGGUGGAUUCUGACUGAUUGUGGCAAUAUACAAAUAACUUCACCUAUGGUGUAUCAAUGUUUGUGUUGUCCCUGGGUUACAUCGAUCGAUAUGACAGGAGGUGACUGUUAUUGUGUAAGAAGGGAAGAAUGGUAGAGCAUUGGAAAUUGAAACACUUCAAAUCACAAGAUGCAAAAUUAUAUUUGUAUUCGUAAAAAAUACCUUUGCAACUGAAGUGUCAUAUUUCAUCUUUUAUAAGCAUGGUUGUUGUGUUCGUCUGUGUGCUGUCUUGAUACUAAAUAGUAAUGCACGAUACAUAAUAUUGGAAUAGAAUGGUCAUUUCUGUACAACAGAACACUUUCUAGAUGCCUACAAAAUUAUGUAAUACCAGAUAAAAAUCAUUUUAUCAAACUGAAAAUCGUGUUACAACUGAAUGCUAUCAACAUCGUUUAGUUGCAAAGGGUCUAAGCAUGUACUUAGGCAGUUAUGCAAUAUGGUGUUUAUUGAACUCAUAUUUAUAUGUUUCUUGCGUGACUUCUCUGGGUUUUUUUUCCUGAAUGCCUUCGAAUUAUUUAUAUUUAAGAGCAACUCUCUGUAACCAUUAACCAUUUCAUGUAGGGGUCGGCACGCAUAGUUUCAGAUUUUCCUGAAACUUAGGCUAACCAUAUAAUCAGGUGAAAAAGUUAGACAAAUGCCUCGAAAAAUGUUGUGAGGCUACUGUUUGCCAGGCAACCACGUUAAAGGGUUUUCUCUUACAUUUUGUACAAUUUACCAUUUAAAAAAAAACAAGUACUUUGCAGUCAUUCUGAAUCAAAACCAGAUUUUAUUUCAUGAUAUUUGUUAACAAUUUUCAGAAAUAUGAUACUUAACCUAUAAAACAUCUAUGCCAUAUAUGAAAAAUAUUUUGUCUGAGUAUUGUCACAACCGAAAAAACAGGGGUCAUUUUUAAUGUAUUUUAAAGGCAGAUAAUACACAUUUUGCAUGGAGAAAAUAUUCAUUCAGACACUUGUCAGAAACAAGAAAAACAAAGAAGCCCGAUCAUUUAAUUUUACAUUCAGAUAUAUUGAUGAUGUUCUUUCCAUUAAAAAUCCAAACUUUUCUGACUAGGUUCCAUUAAUAUAUCCUCCAGAACUAGAAAGUAAAGAAACAACAGACACGGCUUCCUCCGCCUCAUAUUUAGACUUAUACAUCGAAUUUGACAUUAGUGGUCAUAUCAAUACCAGCAUAUAUGACAAGCGAGACGAUUUUAAUUUUGAAAUCAUCAAUUUUUCCGAACAUAGCAGCAAUAUACCAACUUCACCUGCAUAUGGGAUAUACAUUACCCAACUCAUUCGGUAUUCAAGAGCUUGCAGCUGCUACUCACCAGUGUCGGAGCAGAAAGUUGAUGAGCCAAGGUUAUGUCAAAGAAUGUCUCGUCCUGUUUCUAAAAAAGAUUUAUUGGAAGAUACCAAGACCUUGUUGAUAAAUUUUCCGUAUCAACUUCACAAAUAAUACAUGAUGGUCUUGAAGUAUAGAUUCUUGGUACUGACGUUGUUUAUCAUCUUAAUUACAUGUUAAAGUUUACUUUUUUGUCCUUGUAUAUUUUUAACCUAUACUGUUUAUCCAUAUUUUAUUAUAUGCUUAUGAUGUGGAUCGGUACAUCCCGCCAUUGUGUUAUUGUGCUAUGGUAAAUUUUGAGUUCUUGUCUUUCAAUUUUGCUUAUGUACUUUGUUUAUAUGCCAUUUUGUGUUUUUUUGUUGAAUUAGUUAUUUGUUUUUAUAGUGAUUAAGAUUAUAUUACAAUGUUGACUGCUGUACCCCAAUUUUUGACGUUUUUACCUAUUAUGUCUGUUUGUUUUACUGUUACGGCCAGAAAUUACCUAUAAAUUGGAGCCAACAAAAGACAAAAAUUAAUAAUAAAUUUAACAAGAUUUAUUAUACAAUUUUACACGAAAUAAUUUACAAAAAGAAAUGUCAACUUAACUACUGUUAAAAUAAAUGUGCGAUCUUU